AUGUCAUAUUAUCAUGAUGGAAGGAACUGCGAGUGGAUCAGUGGAGUCGCAACUGCGGAAGCUAAAAUGGCUGGUAAAGGUGCAGUUGAUGCUGCUGCUGCAGGGGCCGAAGCUGUUGUAGCUUCGCCCAAAACGAGUGGUAGUCCCAGUUUGAGCAAGUUGUGUAGUGGUAAUUUGUUGGAGAAAUUUACUGUGGACAACUCCACAUACUCGCAGGUGCAAAUCAGAGCUACUUUCUACCCAAAAUUCGAGAAUGAGAAGUCAGAUCAAGAGAUAAGGAUAAGAAUGAUUGAGAUGGUAGCUAAAGGUUUGUCUACGUUAGAGGUUUCUCUCAAACACUCUGGUUCUCUUUUUAUGUAUGCGGGUCAUGAAGGUGGAGCUUAUGCAAAAAAUAGUUUUGGAAAUAUGUAUGUUUGUGACAUAUUAUAUACUGCUGUUGGUGUAUUUGUACUUGGGCGGAUGUUUCGCGAGGCUUGGGGAGCUGCGGCUUCUAAAAAACAAGCUGAAUUUAAUGUUUUUGGGUUUUUUGGGUAG